AUGAAUUUAACAAGCACUUUUAAGCGAAAUAAAAGGAAAAGCGAUGAGGAAAUAAGCCAUGAUAUUACAAAAAAAUUAAAACAGUGUAAUAUGUUGAAAUCAUUAGUAAGUAUUCAAAGUGAUGAACUUACUACAUCUUCGCUAUUUGUGAAGAGUUUAUGCAAAAAUGAAAAAAUAAAUGAAACCAAAAAUCGAGACAAUAGAUUUUUAAGUAUAAAUAAAAUAAUGCAAAAAAAAUGUUACAAAACAGAAAACAUUGAAAAUAUAAAAAAAAAUGAUAACAUGGAUAUUGACAAAAAUCAUUUAAUUUGUGAUAAAAAUGAAAACAACUUUAAUUUUAACCAUCUUUGUGAAUCACCAAAUUUUGGACAUAAAUGUUUAAAAAAUAUUGAAAACGAAUAUAUUAAAAAUAAAAAUUCUACAAAACCAACAAAAAACAAUUUUAACAAUAAUGAAGAUAUGUAUAGAAUGAAAAAGUUGCCAAAAAUGGGAAAAUCAGAGAAAAAAAGUGAGAGAAAAAAAAAAUUAAAAAAAAAUUCUAAAAAUAAUUAUAACAAUUACAAUACAAGUUGCGAAAGCAAUUAUAGUAGCAGCAUUGAAAAAAAAGAAGUAGAAUUUGAAACACAAAGUUACAAUACUGAAUAUUUAUGGGAAGGGUUAUUAAAAAAAGAUGUGGUACUUUUGUUAAUCCAAGCAAUUAAAAAUAUGGGUUAUAAAAAAUCGGCAAAAAUUUUAGAAUCAGAAAGUGGAAUAGAAUUAGAACAACCAUUAAUAAAAGAUUUACACAAAAAUAUAUUAAAAGGCAAUUGGGGAAAUAGUAUAAAUAAUUUAAAAAAAUUAAAUAUAAAUAAAAAAUUAAUGAAAGCAAUUAAAUUUUUAAUAUAUGAACAAUGCUUUAUUGAAUAUUUAUACCAAGGGAAAUAUUUUGCUGCUUUAAGAUGUUUAAGAAAUAAAUUGAGAAAAUCAUGUUUUGAUGAAGAUACAUAUAAAAGGUUACAUGAAUGUACAACAUUUUUUAUGUUUCAAAAUUUUGAAAAUGCAAAUAACACAAUUGAUAUUAAUACUACUCAAAUUCAUUCUAUAAAUGAUAAUAUAAAACUUCGAAAUUCACGAAAAAUAUUGUUUGAAAAAAUUAAUAGAUUAUUGCCUGAGCAUAUAUUAAUUCCCCCUAGGCGACUAGCCAUUCUAUUACAUCAAUCUCUUAAAUAUCAAGUUGAUAAUUGUUUAUUUCAUAAUAAUUUUUCAGAUUUAAAAUUAACUAAAGAUAUCCAAUAUAAUCGAAUUUUGAGUAAAUCACGUUUAAGUAAUACCAGAUUUAAUCAUCAUAAAAAUGGAAAAGAACAAGAAAAUAGAAUAGACGAUAAAAUUUUUAAGGAUAAUGAAAAUCAAAAAAACAAUUUAUAUAAUAAUAAUUUUAGAGAUAAAUAUUAUGAAAAUAGUAAUUCUUAUGAAAAAAAACCAUCACAAUAUAAUUACACAAAUAAUGAAUCGUCUUUAUGUAUAAGUACAUUAAAUAUUAGUAAUAUAGAAAAAUUAAAAACAAAUGCGGAUAUGCAAAAUGAUCAACAUAAUAAUAUAAAUUAUUCUAUAGAAUAUUCCCAAGGUGUAGAAAGUAAUUCAAUUAAUUAUAUGAGCACUAAUAUUACUGAUUCCCCAGAAAAAAUCCAAGAUAGAUAUUUGAACAUAACUAGUAAUGCACCGACUCUUGAAAUUCUAAAACUAAAAAAUGAAAUCGGGGCAAAUAUAGAAAAAGAUGAAAAAGAUGAUGGAAACAAAGAUAUCGAAAAAAAUACAAUAUCUACACAAUAUGCUAAUAAUUCAAUAUCAGAAAAUUUAAUAAAUCAUUCUUUAUCAAAUAAUAUUGAUGAAAUAGAAAAAGAAGAAACAAAUUUCAACGAAAAUCAAAUACUUGUAUUAAAUAAAAAAUAUAAUUGUAAUUGUGAAAUUAAAAAAAUACAAUGUGAUUGCAUAAAAUUUGCUGAUAAUAAUGUUAAAAUAUGUCAAAAUGAUAAUAAUGCAAUUUUGUAUAGUGAAACUAAAGAAAUUUCAAGUUUCAUAGGGUUAGAACAAAAGGGAAAUUUAAAAAAUAAUAAAAUGAAUUUACUAAAUAAUUAUAAUAAAAAAUAUAUACAUAAAAAUAAUAAUAUAACUGCUUGUACUCAUUUAUCUUUACUAAAAAAUCAUGAAUGUAAAAAAAUAAAACUUCCUUAUUAUUGCAUUAAAGUUUUACAAGGACAUACAGAUGAAGUAUGGUAUGUUAGCGUAUCAUCAGAUGGGAAAUAUAUUGCAUCAUCAAGUAAGGAUAAAAGUAUAUUUUUGUGGAAAGGAACAUAUCCAUUUAAUAAAUUAAGAGAAUGGAAUGGGCAUUUAGAUGGAGUUAGUUACAUUUGUUGGAGUUAUAAUAACAAAUAUUUAGCUUCUGGUUCUAACGAUUCUAAUAUAAUUAUUUGGAGCCCUAAAAGUAAUAAAAAAAAAUUAUGUCUAACUAUGCAUAGUGGACCUAUAACAUCUGUAUGUUGGACAAAAAAUAAUUCUACUAUUAUAUCAUCUGCAUUUGAUAAAAAAAUAUAUUGCACUAAAGUAAAUAUAGAAUUAAAAAGUUUUUCGAUUUUAUAUGCUUGGUCAUUUAGUACAAGAAUACAAAAUUUUGUUUUUACGAAAAAUGAAAAAUAUUUAAUCGUUGUCCCAGCAGAUAAAAAUGUUAGAAUUAUCGAUUUUAAUAUGAAAAAGGAAUUAUAUAUUUUACCUGAAAAUGAUACUAUAACAUCUUUAUGUGCUUCGAACUUGUAUAAUCACGUGUUAGUUAAUAUAGCAGAUCAAAAGCCUAUUAUCAAAUUGUGGGAUAUUAAAUAUAGAUAUGUUAUUCAAAGUUAUAGAGGGCAUAAGCAAGGACGAUUUAUUCUUCAUUCUACUUUUGGUGGAAAGAAUGAAGCUUAUGUUAUUAGUGGGAGUGAAGAUAGUCUAAUAUAUAUAUGGCAUAGAACAAAAGGAUACUUAUUAGACGUUAUUAAUGGGCAUGCGUCAAAUGUAAACAUAGCAAUAUGGCCUAUUGCUUUCUCUAAAUUUCCAUAUAUGAUAUCCGCUUCUGAUGAUCACACUAUAAUGAUUUGGAACACACAUCCAAAAAUUAAUAAAUCUAAAAAACAUAUAUAUAUGGAACGAGAAAAAAGAAGAAAUGCCGAAAAGGAAAAAAAAAAAUCAAAAAAAAAUAUUUUUCACCAUCCGUUUUUGAGGGAACUAGCCAAGUUAAGUGGUAUGGAUGUUCAAAUUCUUUCACCAAAUGACUCUCAUAUGUUUUAA